AUGAGUCAUCCGUAUUUCACGCCGUCGGUUAUUCAUGGAUAUGGUACCCCACAUACAACUGGUAUGUCUUUCACUCCUUCGAUGUCGAAUGAACCUGCAACUCCGACUUUUAUCCCGGAGACUCAGCUUUCCGACCGUGAAUCCCCAAUUGAGGUGGUCAAUUUAGAAAAGGCGGUUUCAAAUGCUGAGGGUACAAGAAAGCGUUCAAGUUGGACAAAGGUUGAAGACGAGGUCUUAGCGAGAAGUUUUGUCACUAUCAGUGAUGAUUCAAUAAUCGGUAAUGAUCAAAAGGCGGAUGCUUUUUGGAGACGGGUUGCAAGAUACUACAAUGAGAAUCUUCCCCUAGGUUCAAACACCAGAUGUGCAAAUGUUAUACGGUCACAUUGGCACAAUACAAUCCAAAAGAAGGUAUAUCGAUUCAACGUAAAUUACAAUAGUGUUUAUAGUUCAUAUCGAAGUGGUCACAGUGAUGAAGAUAUAUUGAGGUUUGCGUACGAAAAAUAUUGA